UUGCAGAUGCGAUGCGCUUUGCCUUUCUCGAUCGUGGUCAUCAUUGUCAUACAUAUAUGCUCUCGCACUGUAGAAUCGGUGUAUCGCGUGCUUCUUUCUACCCAAUUAAAGUGUGAGGCCAAAAGGUUCAUUUAUACAUAGUUCGUUGACGAUCAUCAUCACGUUCGCGUUCCUUUCUCGAAUUUGUGCGAUAUCUCAUGAUUUUUUUUCUACUUUGCUUUGAAAACUGGUGAACGGUGCGGGUUGUUCGUUUGGUGGGGUCAAUAUAUGUAGUGUAGUGUAGUGUGUGCUUUGUUUCAGACACUAGCGCGCUUUAUCGUUAUCGGUUAUUUAUUAUCGUCUUCCAUAUCCUGUUACGCUGUUACCGUUUUCUAUACACGGGUGUAUGCAUACAGCAUGAAUGCUAAUCAUUUUAGAAAACAUGUGACAUGUCUGUUUUGCGAUCGUGUGGAAUGUUUAUAUUUAAUAAAUAUCCAAUGUUUGUUUAGUUAAUUGAUACAAACUUUAAACAUUUUGCUCUCAAGUGCUAGAAAUUCCGAUUAAUUAUGUGAGCUGAUUCAGCCUGUGGUAUGAAUAAUAAUUGAUAGAUUCAUUGCUUAUUUUUGUGGUAGUUCCGUGUUUCACCAAUAUAAUUGCAAUUAUCGCGAUUUCUACACUAUAUUUGUGUUGGUAACAAUCAACGUUAACGAAUAGUAAUACUGUUGAGACAUGCCCCGGAACACAAGUUUAAGUGGAGAAAGAAAAGAAAUAUCGCCCAUCAAGUGAUAAAAGACGUGAUAUCUUAUCAGUGGAAAAAUACAAAUGAUUUCAGUUAGCAUUCGCAGUUAUUAGUGUUUGUUGCGGCAAACGGACGUUCGCGUUUGUAUUAUUGCAAAGACGACAAAUUGCUAACAGUGCUAAAUUUGGAAUUCGCAAGAAACAAAGUGAAGAACACACUUCAAUUGCGCGCAAUGAUAUAGCAAGAUAAGUUUCUGAGUUGAAGAUUUCGCAGUUCAUGUGUAGUGCCAUGGAGUAAUGGAAUGCCGGUUAACAAUUAUUAUCUUUUAAUAAGGCCGCGGAAAAAAGUGGAUUACGUCAGAUACGACAGAUAAAGAAAAGAAGAGACGAAUCAUCCGAAAAAGGUGAAAAGAAAAGACUGACGAUAGAAUGACGAUGGGAAACAUGCGACCACUGAAAAUUACUACUGUCGGUGACGGAAUGGUCGGGAAAACAUGUAUGCUUAUCACGUACACUCAAAACGAAUUUCCUAGCGAAUAUGUACCGACAGUAUUCGAUAAUCAUGCUUGUAACAUUACAUUAGAUGAAAAAGAGUAUGCUCUUACGCUUUGGGACACAGCAGGACAGGAAGAUUAUGAACGAUUACGGCCACUUAGCUAUCCUAACACGGACUGUUUUCUCAUUUGUUACUCCAUAUCAAGUAAAACAUCGUUUGAUAACGUUCUUUCGAAGUGGUACCCCGAGAUAAGGCACUUUGCACCAAAUGUUCCAAUCGUGCUAGUUGGUACCAAGAGCGAUCUUCGUGUACAUGGAUCAGAAAAGUUUGUAACCACGGCUGAAGGUAAAAAGCUGAAACAUAAGAUAAAAGCUUACUCACUAGUUGAAUGUUCUGCGAAAAAAAAACUCAAUCUCGGUGAUGUAUUCGAUGAAGCUGUUCGUGCGGUGGAAAAAAAGCCGCACACCAGGCCACGUGUGUGCGUGAUACUUUGAAAGUUAUAUUAGAUGUUUAUAUUAUGAAUAAUUACAAUAGAUAAUAGUUAUAAUAACUCACAAUAUAUUGUUAGCUUGUAACUCUCAGUUGGUCUCGAGGUACGACACUGGUCUAACAAACUAGUUAUCGUAUGUUCGAAUCUCGACUGGGAGAGACUAUUGGAGUCAAUAGGAUCGUACCACUAGCGCAGGGAUUGUCUUAUCACUAACAGUUGGCUGCAAAGUCUGUCGAACAAAAAUCAGAAAGUUGAAUUCCAACAUAGCGCCUAGACUUUGCUUUUUAUGAUUAGUUUAUGGCCAGUGAUGAUAAGUCUUCUACUUAAAGUUAAACACGACGAUUUCCUUAGUCCAUUUAAAAAAUGUAUAUAAUUUACCUUCAGACUAAACAGAAUUGUACGUUGACGCAUCCGUCAGCACUAUUUUAAAAGUUAACACGACGUGCAAUUCUGUUCGACCCUUAAACUACGACAGUCGUUGAUGCAAGUGCUGUAUACGUAGCACUCGUAAAUAUUUUUUUUACCGAUAUAGUAUUGAAUUUUAUGAGAUUUAUAUAUCGGAUAUAAUAAAUUGCUGAACUAGUUUUUAAGAUGAGUCACGAAAGAAAGGAAUACAUUAGCAAUGUUGAUUCUUUAUCGCUUUCACAACGAUAUGAUAGUAGGGAGCCUGUAACUAGUCAUUGAUUAUCCCUGUAAUCAUUGAAUAUGUAAUUUAAAAAAUAAAUAUAAUCUGUUGAGUGUAAUAUUGUUUUUCUUUGGGACGCAAUUUAUGUAAAAAAUAAAUAGUAAAAAAAUAAAUAAAAUACG